UUGUGGAUAUUUAGCCUUUUAUUCUUUUGAUGCCUGCCUUUGACAUGAUCUCCAGAAAUUUGUUGUUCCACUUCCAUUAUUACAUGCUUUGUUUGCUUAUUAGCUUCCAUACCAAAUUCACUAGCCCCGUUAAUUUUCUUGCGCCUUACUGUGAAAAUACUACAUACAACCCUAACAGUCCUACCGGCAGCAUUUACAGAACCAAUCUAAAUUUCGUGCUUGACACUCUAUCUUCAACUGCAUCUCGGACAGACACCAAUGGCUUCUAUAAUUUCAGUACUGGCAAUGACCCUUCAAACAAGGUCUAUGGCCUCUUUCUCUGUCGAGGCGAUCUCAGCGCUGAUGUUUGCAAAGAAUGCGUAGCAAGUGCCAGCACAAGAGUAUUUCAAGAGUGCCCGAAUCGGACGGCUGCUAUUGUUUGGUAUGACGAGUGCUUGUUACGUUUUUCUGACCAGACAAUCUUCUCCAAGGUUGAUUUCGGAGUGAGAUUGGCUAUGUACAACGUACAAAAUGUCUCUGGAUCGGACUCGUACAGCUUCGUACUGUUAUUGGGAAAUUUGUUGUAUAACACUGCGGAUCAGGCUGCAAAUCAUAUUGGGAAAAAGUUUGCUGUUCAACAAGCAAACUUUUCCGCUUUUCAUACGUUGUAUACCCUUGCACAGUGCACACCAGAUAUAUCUGGUGAUGACUGCAAAGGGUGCCUUAAAAAUGCUAUAGCAUUGCUGCCCAGGUGUUGUGCUACCAGAGUGGGAGGUAGAGUAAUCUUUCCAAGCUGUAAUAUUAGGUAUGAGCUCUACCGCUUCUACAAUACUGCAUCCCCUGCACCACCGCCUAUGACAAACUUACAUUCCUUCACCGGUGCUCCUCCUCCUAAUAUGAACCUCCCUAUUCCGCCCAAGACGGGUACGGGGCCCUCCAGGCCCACUCGAUGGGGCAGAAUCGGAGUUUCGACAGUUUUUCCAAUUGCUGUCCCAUUAAUUGGGGUUGCUGUUGUGCUAUUUAUCAUGGCUUUUGUUUUCCUGAAAAGAAGAUUGCGGAAGAGUUAUGUUGCUAUGGCACUGGAAACAAAUGGUGUUGCGGAUAUCUUCACUGCCGAAUCUUUACAGUAUAGCUUAACUGAAAUUCAAAUUGCCACAAAUAACUUCUCUGUGGAUAACAAAAUUGGCGAAGGUGGAUUUGGUCGUGUAUACAAGGGUGUACUUGGUAAUGGGCAAGAAAUAGCUGUUAAAAGGCUGUCAAGGAGCUCAGGGCAAGGCGCAGAAGAAUUUAAAAAUGAAAUUGUAGUAGUUGCAAAGCUUCAACACAGAAAUCUAGUUCAGCUAUUGGGAUUUUGCCUGGAAGGAGAAGAAAAGAUACUCAUCUAUGAAUUUGUUCCUAACAAAAGCCUUGACUACUUUCUCUUCGAUCCAGAAAAUAAACGAUCAUUGAACUGGUCAAGGCGUUACAAUAUCAUUGGAGGUAUAGCAAAAGGACUUCUUUAUCUGCAUGAGGAUUCUCGUCUAAGAAUUGUUCAUCGCGAUCUCAAAGCAAGCAAUAUAUUAUUGGAUGGAAAUAUGAGCCCAAAGAUCGCAGAUUUUGGCAUGGCAAAGAUUUGUGGAGUUGAUCAAUCUGAAGGAAACACAAAUAGAAUUGCUGGGACAUUCGGUUACAUGGCUCCUGAAUAUAUGAGACGGGGCCAGUUUUCGAUAAAGUCAGAUGUAUUCAGUUUUGGGGUUGUUAUUUUAGAAAUUGUUACAGGCAAGAAGAAUAGUAGUUUCCAAAAAUCUGAAGAUUCUGAAGACCUCGUAAGCUAUGUUUGGAAGCAUUGGAGACGUGGCGAACCUUUAGCUCUUCUGGAUUCAAGUAUUGGAGAUUCUUUUGCCAAAAAUGAAGUCAUUCAAUGUGUCCAAUUAGGCUUACUAUGUGUUGAAGAAUAUGUCAGUAAAAGGCCUACAAUGGUUUCCGUGGUCAAUAUGCUCAAUAGUAGCUCUAUUACCCUACCAACUCCACAUCGUCCAGCAGUUUUCCGGAGCCAUGGAUCGGAAAGCAUUGUGGAAGAGCUGGAAGUUGAGCAAUCUAAUACCGAAAGAAUUUCAAUUCCAAGCUCUGUAAAUGAGGCAUCAAUUACUGAACCAUACCCCAGAUAGGGGAAGAAAUAGGCCAAUUCUGGUUGGGAAUAUUGAGUGCAUCAUCAGCACCACAUUGUAGUGUUUGUUGCAUGACUCGUUUACCAGGAAGGUAUCUUUCUCCACUAGUGUUGUAAAUUAGCUUCUUCACACUUGAGGAUUUAAGGAAGUGCUUGAAAGAAAAAUGCAAGUUGUUGUUGCACUA